GUAAGUGUAGUAGUAAUAAUGAUGAUGAUAAUAAUAAAGUAAUGAGUCUUAUUUUGAAAGUCUGAACCGGAAACGUGGGUUCACUUGGGCGUGUCGUGCUUGACGGUCAUAUUUCCAUCCACCCCGUGAUCUCCAAAACAACAUAACAAGCGGGGAAACAUGGCGAGCGGAGAGGAGGCCAGAACCCCCUCGUCGCUGCCCUCCUCCUCGGUGGACCUGGAGGAGCUGUUCCCCCCCGGGGCCUCGGAGGCGGCCGGCGGGGACUCGGACCCGCGGCUGCGGCUGCUGCGGGAGCGGCUGCAGGCUUGGCUCUCGCAGUACGAGCCGCUGCUGCUGCGGCUGCAGCGGCUGCUGGUGUGGGAGAGGCCGCUCUACAGCAUCUCCGUGGCCCUCACGCUCAACACGCUCUUCUGGCUCCUUUCAGCCACCUCCCUGCGGCCACUGUUCCUGUUGAGCGUGUCUCUGCUGGGGCUGGUGCUCCUGGAGAGAUGGAAGCCCAAGUUACCCAUCAUCAUAGUUCAACAUGCAGAGGCUCAACCUGUACAAAGUGAAACAAUGAGUACGGAGCAGCGCCUGCUCAGCGUUCCUGAGCUCAGUCACCACCUGGCUGAGAGCUACCUGACCUGCUGCCUGUACCUGCAGGAGACGUUGCUGUACAAACAACAGAACCACUGCAAGUUUUGUGUGAUGAUGUGCAGCGGCUGUUUUGUACUCGCUGUGGUUGGACAUUAUGUUCCAGGAAUUAUGAUCUCCUAUAUAAUAGUCCUGAGCGUGCUGCUUUGGCCGUUGGUGGUGUACCAUGAACUGAUCCAGAGGAUGUACACUGGAUUGGAGCCAAUACUGAUGAAACUGGACUACAGCAUGAAGGGAGAAACGGAGCACCGCAAACAUGACAAGAGGAAGGUAAAGAAGGAGGUGGAGGAAGGAGACGAGCCCAGGGCAGAAACAGAGAGUGAGAGUGAGGAGGAAUUGUCUUGUUUCGCUCCAACGGUGGAUGUGAAAACGACAGCUUUGGCUAUGGCCAUCACAGACUCCGAGUUGUCAGACGAAGAGGCGUCCAUAUUGGAGAGUGGAGGGUUCUCUGUGUCUCGAGCCACCACACCUCAACUCACCGACGUCUCUGAAGACCUGGACCAGCAGAGUUUGCACAGCGACCCAGACGAGUCCUAUCUGCGGGAUCUCCCCGAGUUCCCCUCAGUGGAGGAGUUCCCGUCCAUUGAGCACAGCUUGCUCCACUUCCCUCUGCGAGGCCCCGGCCAGGCAGAAGGAGCCCAGGCCGGCGCUCAGUCGGAGGGGGAACCGCUGAGCCCCGCCAGCCUCCUGAUCCAACACCUAGCAUCACCUCUGCACUUUGUGAAUACACAUUUCAACGGACACGGACAACCGCCUGGGAGUGCAGGGGGCACGCUGUCUGUUCCGGGUGCACGAGAUGAAACUCGGAGGCAGGAGGGGGAGGAGAAGGAAACGGAUGUGACUCAAGGUGCACAGCGGUCCUUGGAGGCACUGAGUGAGGAGAUAGUGAGCACGGCUAUCUCCACCGUCGUGCAGAACACUCUGUCGGCCCUGCUGCGCUCCAGCGAAGCCAGCGAGGAGCCCACCCUGGCGGAGUUCCUUCCUGCUGAAACCCCACCGGGAGCUCUGGAGAUCCCGGCCCACUCACCCGACACCACUGCUGACACUACACUCACCACAGUAGGGGCGCUGGCUCCGGACCAGGACCUGGAGGAGGAGGUUGUGGCAGAAAGCUCCGCCGGAGAAGAGCUCCCAGACGACACACUAGUUCCGACUGAGGAAGAGGACUUUGAGCUUUUGGACCAAAGUGAACUGGAGCAGGUGGAUGAGGAGCUGGAGCUCAGCUGUGACAGACAGGUGGGAGGAGGAGCUCCAGACUCACCUCCAUCUCCUCAACAUCCACAGUCAUAGCUGCCCUGUUACAACCCCCUCCCGCCCAUACAUUUUUAUUUUAUCUGUCCAUUAGAACUGCAUUGCAUACCCCUAUAUACCAAGCAUUAAUCAAAGAGUGUGAUAUUAAGUAUGGUUGGUGGGUGAUUAUGUGGCAGAUGUUUGAAAAUACUUGUCAUGUUCUGCUUUCAUCGCCAAACUGGUACAGAUUCUGGUCAGCUUUGGUACCUGAGUUGUUCCUUGACUGCUGCCCUCACGGCCUCGCAUUUAAGGCAGAGUAAGGGUUAACAGUUAUGGAGACAUCAUUAUUGUUUGGUCACGUAGUGUUUUAAAUCAGGACCCCGGCAAGCCCGUUUAAUCUUCAGUCUCCUGGUUACAAUAAUGAUGCCUUUAUUUUGUGAUGCCUUAGCUACUAGCGGAACCCGUCCACCUUGUUUUCAUCCAGCAGCAGAUGUUGAUAUAGACCGUUUAUGAAGAGUUGUAAUGUGGGAUGUGUAACUACUAAUAUAUGUGACAAAUUAUUUAAUUUAAUUGCCAGCAGAUGGAAAUUUAUUAAUAAUUUAAGGGGGGAAAUUCAAAGUAUAUUUUAUCCCUUUGGUUACCCAUGAUUGUAUCCAAGUGUUUUUAUGACACGGUGUAAAUUGUAGUCGUAUAUAUUCCCAGAGUUAGUAGAUGAGAGAAAAAAACAUGAAUGAAUGAAUCUGUACCUCUAGCAAUUAAAAAAAAAAAACAAACAACAUCCAGUCACUUGUUGCCUGAAGACUUCAUCUUUGACAUUAUUGGAUGUUGAUAGACAUAAGUGACUUUUCAUGCAAGGCAAGAUGAGUAAAAAAAAAAAGGAAGUACCUGUAUUCCCUCUCUGUGAUUAAUCCUGCAUUAAAAAAACAAAAUCAGUUCAAACAUAUGUCCAUAUGCAGUUGAACUGGCUCUUGAUUUAAAUGGGGAAAAAAAGAUCAGAGGCCCUUGUACCAUUUGUCAAUACUAUAUUAAUCAAACCUCCUUUAUUCAUGCAUGAGUUGCAUCACGCAUGGAUCAAAAUUUGAGGGAAGUCUUCAAGCCUUACUUUUACAAGAACAGGUUUUAUUUUAUUCUUGAAGAAGCUCCAUACUUCUGUUACACAUUAUGUGGUCUGGCCAGUGUGUGGGACUUGUGGAGGGAAAAAAUAGGGAAAAACUUAUCAACAAAAUAAGAAAAAAAACCCAACUCAAUCUGGAUUUGAUUGUAUGGAAAGGCCUGUUUUGCUUUUGUAAACCACUCAGCAUCCAAAUCUUAGGGAUAGGUUGUACAGUGAACAUAACAUCACAGAAUAUCUAUCAACUUCCUGACCUGUUGUAGUGCACUGUAUUUGUACUAACUUUCCUUUUUUUUCAGUUGUGUAUACUGUAGAAAUCCCUUAACAAAAAAAGAAAAGAAAAAAAAGUGUAUUUUCUGCAUGUAAAAACAGCAUUCUGUCAAAGUUCUUGUUGUCAACUGACAAAGCACUGCACAAAUUGUGGGGGGAAAAUGCUUCAGGUAAAAAGAGCCCAUUAGAUCCAGUUUGUUUGAUAUUUUAUUAACAAUGAUGAGAAUAAAAUGUUGAUGUGUUGAAGACAACCCAGCUGUAAAUGGGGACGGGUGGCAAGAAACAUCAGAUUUAGAAACGUUGUUAAUAGACUAGUUUGUGUAUGGCAGAAGUGUGUUUUAAGUAUAAAUACAGCUUCUUGGGCUAUAUAUUAUAUAAAAGAAAGACACUCAACAAACUGUGUAAUUUAAAAAAAAAAAAAAAAAAAAAAAAAAAGGAAUAUAUUUUCUAAUUUCUCCUUUUUCCAUAAAGUACUCAGUUUGAUCUUUUACAUCUGAUGAUUUAACUGCUAUGGGCAAGUUUCACAAAGCAGAAAAGAUGUGCUGUCAUUAAACUGGUAAAAUAAACCUGCAACGCCACUUGUGAAAGCAAGAGAAUAAAAGAACAAACUGAAACAAACAUAAGAUGUGCCAAUGC